UCCAUCCUCUCUCCCUUUCAUUUCAUUNCAUACAAAGCUCCCUCCAUCUCUAAUGGCUUCCGUAAUUCCUCUGGCCCGUUUUCUUCUCCAUUUAAUCCCAUAAAAGCCAACAAUUCAUUAUUAUUAUUUGCCUCUCUUCCCUUUUCUUUGUUUCCUUCAGAUGAGGGUUUGAAUUGAUAAAAAUCCCAUCUUUAUCCAGUUUUUGCCGGGAAAAAAUGGAGCCCCACUAAAUUCUUGAUUUUGGCGUUUCGAUUCUGAAGCUGUAGUAAUGGAGGGAGCUGAGGGUAGCUCGAAAAAACUCGAUCUGCUUUGCAAAUUCGCGAAAAUACAGAGCGAAUGUCCGAAUAAAGACAAAAGGCAGGGAGAACAAGGAGGAGGAAAAGACGAGGACGAGGACGAGGUUAUGGAGCUGAGCCUGGGGCUGUCGACGAACGGGAGGUUCGGGGUGGACCCCACAAGGAGCAAGAAGCUCAAGCGCGCCUCCUCCAUAGCCGACGCGGCGGCCUUCGCGGUGGGUACCGGCUCGCGCGUCGCGGGGUCCGAGGCGCACGCGCCGCCGCUGUCGAGGACGCGGUCCCUCCCGGUGGAGACGGAGGAGGAGUGGCGCCGGCGGAAGGAGCUGCAGUCGAUCAGGCGGAUGGAGGCGAGGAAGAAGAGGAUGGAGAAGAUGAAAAACCUGAGGUUGCCGAGGGACGCUAAUGGCGGGAAAAACGGGCUGCAGCAUGAGUCUGUUAAUGGAGAUUCGAAUGGUCAAAGGUUGUUAGGGAAUGGGAUUUUGAGAAAGUUUGAGAAUGGGGAUGUUGUCGAGUCGUCAUCUCAAGGGUCCGCAGGGCCGAUGAGGAGUGGAUCAUCUGGCUCCUCUGAUCUAAUUGAAGGCCGAAAACAAAAUGCCGAGGUUUCACCUUCCAGCAAGCAGAGUUCAAACGGGCCUGGGCCUGAGCCAAUGGGCCGGGCCUCCGAGACAGAAGCAAAAGGGGCCACUACCAACCAACAACUCAAGAACACAAUGCGCGACAUGCCGUAUGUCACCACUAAAGAAACCGGGCCCAAUGGCCGCAGAGUAGAAGGAUUCUUGUACGGUUACAAAAAGGGCGAGGAUUUAAGAAUCAUGUGCGUUUGUCAUGGCAUUUUUCUCACGCCCAAGGAAUUUGUCGAGCAUGGUGGGGUCCGGGGUGCUGACGUGGAGCACCCGUUGAAGCACAUUGUUGUUAACCCUUUUCCCCUCUUAUGAUUGUAUUUUUAACAAGUUGAGAACUAUGUAGACUUAGUUCAGACUGUUUUAGACUUUGUUUUUCAUGUCCCUUAGAUGGAGGAGAAGAAGAAAAAGGGUCUGUAAGGGAAAGUUCUGUUGACCCUUUGAGGAUUUGUAGCUCUUUGCCUCUUUCUGUUUUAAUCAUUUGGAAUCACUAUGUUAGGAUUGUGUUUUACUAGAAUUACAUUUAAGUGGAAAAGUGUAAUAAUUGUUAAAAUUGAAAACAUUGUCAAUUGUUGAAUUAUAACUCUAAUGAC